CCGGGCUUUGGCAGCCCUUGAGGGGCAGGAACCGCCCCCCCCCCACCUCCAGCCCCGCCAGCGAGCCGGGCCGGCCGCGGAGUCCGGCGCGGAUGCUCGCGGGUGGGCUGGGCCGGCCGGCAGCCAGGGAGGCGGGCUGCAUUAUUUCCCGCAAGGGCCGGGCUCUGUGGGAGGAAGGGGCCAACGCACUGCCCUUUCAGCCAGAGUCCGCGCGCGCCGCCACUAGGACAGGGCCUGCGGGCGAGCCAGGUGGAGGCGCCGCAUCCCGGGCCUCCCACAGGGCUCGUGGGCGGGCCGGGGCCGGGCGCGACGCCCCUGCGGGCCCGCGGCGCCUCUCCCACGCUCCCAGCUCCUCCCACUCUUCUUCCUUCCUUCCCCUCAGCCUCCCGGGAGCCGCCGGCGGACGCGAGCCGCGGCGAGCGCCCGAGCUUUGUGUGCGCCCGCCGGCCCGCGGCGAACCUCGGGCGGCCCAACUUUGCGUCUUCUGGCCGGCUCCCAGGCGGGAGUUGUGAGGCGUGGCUGGGUGGAGAAGGCGCUCAGGGGACGGGGGGCUCCCUGCGGGCGGGACAGAGCGAGCCGCGCUGGACAAUGAGCUGGGCAGCUCAACGCUGCGGCCACUUUUAGGGGGGGGCGCGGGCCAUCCGGCUCCUCGGCGGCUCAGCGGCCCCACCUGUGAGGAGAGGGUGGGAUGCCAGAGCCAGGUGUCCCGGCGCUCUGAGCCUUCCCCUCCCCCCCCCCCCAGCGCUCAUACGUCCCUGAACUGAUUCUCACAUUGACACUAGGCUACCCGGAGGCUUUGGCUGGGACGUUUUUUGUGGGGGAGCCUUCGGAGCAGCCGUGAUGGCCAGCACCAGGAGUAUUGAGCUGGAGCACUUUGAGGAACGGGACAAAAGGCCGCGACCGGGGUCGCGGAGAGGGGCGCCCAGCUCCUCGGGAGGCAGCAGCAGCUCGGGCCCCAAGGGGAACGGGCUCAUCCCCAGCCCGGCGCACAGUGCUCACUGCAGCUUCUACCGCACGCGGACCCUGCAGGCUCUGAGCUCAGAGAAGAAGGCCAAGAAGGCGCGCUUCUACCGGAAUGGGGACCGCUACUUCAAGGGCCUGGUGUUUGCCAUCUCCAGCGACCGCUUCCGGUCCUUUGAUGCGCUGCUCAUGGAGCUCACCCGCUCCUUGUCGGACAACGUGAACCUGCCCCAGGGUGUCCGCACCAUCUACACCAUCGACGGCAGUCGGAAGGUCACCAGCCUGGACGAGCUGCUGGAAGGUGAGAGUUACGUGUGUGCAUCAAAUGAACCAUUUCGUAAAGUUGAUUACACCAAAAAUAUUAAUCCGAACUGGUCUGUGAACAUCAAGGGUGGGACAACCCGAGCCUUGGCCGCUCCCUCCUCGGUGAAAAGUGAAGUGAAGGAAAGUAAAGAUUUCAUCAAACCCAAGUUAGUGACUGUGAUUCGAAGUGGAGUGAAGCCUAGAAAAGCUGUGCGGAUCCUUCUAAAUAAGAAGACUGCUCAUUCCUUUGAACAGGUGUUGACAGAUAUCACCGAAGCCAUUAAACUAGAUUCAGGAGUGGUCAAGAGGCUCUGCACACUGGAUGGAAAGCAGGUUACUUGUCUGCAAGACUUUUUUGGUGAUGAUGAUGUUUUUAUUGCUUGUGGACCUGAAAAAUUCCGUUAUGCCCAAGAUGACUUCGUCCUGGAUCACAGUGAAUGCCGUGUCUUGAAGUCAUCUUAUUCUCGCUCCUCAGCUGUUAAGUAUUCUGGAUCUAAAAGCCCUGGGCCCUCCCGACGCAGCAAAUCACCAGCUUCAGUAAAGAGGGGUGGCCACCACUCCAGUGCCUACUCUGCAGCCAGAUCCCCAGUUAACGGAACUCCCAGCAGCCAGCUGUCUACUCCUAAAUCAACAAAAUCCUCUAGCUCUUCUCCAACUAGCCCAGGAAGUUUCAGAGGAUUAAAGCAGAUUUCUGCACACGGCAGAUCUUCUUCCAAUGUAAAUGGUGGACCUGAACUUGGUUGUUGCAUGAGUCCUGAAGGUGUGAAUGGAAACAGGUGUUCUGAAUCAUCAACUCUUCUUGAGAAAUACAAAAUCGGGAAGGUUAUUGGUGAUGGGAAUUUUGCAGUAGUCAAAGAGUGCAUGGACAGGUCCACUGGAAAGGAAUUUGCCCUGAAGAUUAUAGACAAAGCCAAAUGUUGUGGAAAGGAGCACCUGAUUGAGAAUGAAGUGUCCAUCCUGCGCAGGGUGAAACAUCCAAAUAUCAUCAUGCUGGUUGAGGAGAUGGAAACAGCUACUGAGCUCUUUCUGGUGAUGGAACUGGUCAAAGGUGGAGAUCUCUUUGAUGCAAUUACCUCUUCAACCAAGUACACUGAGAGAGAUGGCAGCGCGAUGGUGUACAACCUGGCCAACGCUCUCAGGUAUCUUCAUGGCCUCAGCAUCGUGCACAGAGACAUCAAGCCAGAGAACCUCUUGGUGUGUGAAUAUCCCGACGGAACCAAGUCCUUGAAACUGGGAGACUUUGGGCUGGCCACUGUGGUGGAAGGCCCUUUAUAUACAGUCUGUGGCACGCCGACUUAUGUGGCUCCAGAAAUAAUUGCUGAAACUGGCUAUGGCCUGAAGGUGGACAUUUGGGCAGCGGGCGUGAUCACAUACAUACUUCUCUGUGGAUUCCCGCCAUUCCGAAGUGAGAACAACCUACAGGAAGAUCUCUUUGACCAGAUCUUGGCUGGGAAGCUGGAGUUCCCAGCCCCGUACUGGGAUAACAUCACGGACUCAGCAAAGGAACUAAUCAGUCAGAUGCUUCAGGUAAACGUCGAAGCUCGGUGUACUGCUGGAGAAAUCCUGAGCCACCCCUGGGUGUCAGAUGAUGCCUCCCAGGAGAAUAAUAUGCAAGCAGAAGUAACAGGUAAACUCAAACAGCACUUUAAUAACGCGCUCCCCAAACAGAACAGCACCACCACCGGGGUCUCGGUUAUCAUGAACACGGCUCUAGAUAAGGAGGGGCAGAUUUUCUGCAGCAAGCACUGUCAGGACAGCAGCCGACCUGGGAUGGAGCUGACCUCUCCAGUCCCUCCCUCAGCCGAGGAGCCCCCCGUGUCCGCGCCGGCAGCCCCGGCCCCCGCCCCUCUGGAAUCGCCCACAAGCCCUUGUCCCCCCGCUGCCGCCAGCUGCGAGCGGGCAGGGACCUGGCGCCGCCACCGUGACUGA